AUGGCCCGCUCGCUCUUCGUCUUGGCAAGCACUGCACUGUUCAUUACACUACUUCAUCGACUGGUUAUACAACCACUGUUCCUCAGUGAAUUGAGCAAGAUACCGGGUCCAAAGCUUUACGCUCUUACGAGAUGGCGACUCGCAAGGGAUGACUGGGGUCAACGCACUCGCACUAUCGAUGCGCUCCACAAACAGUACGGUCCUGUUGUGCGCAUCGGGCCCAAUGAGGUCCAUUUCAACUCAACCACCGCGCUGCGUACGAUAUAUGGUGCAGGCAGUGGCUUCGAGCGAACCAACUUUUACGCCAUGUUUGAUGUCUAUGGUCGGAAAAACCUCUUCACCUUCCCUGGUGUUGCAGACCAUGCAAAGAGAAAACGCCUAGUUGCACAUGUAUACUCAAAAUCUGCCAUGCUCAAGGGCCAACCAGCCUCGAUCAUUGCAGAAAAGAUUAGGGACUUCCUCCAGCUACUCGAAAAGACACCACUUGGUGACGGUAUGGAGAUCUUCUCAACAUUCCACUACUAUGCCAUCGAUGUGAUCACUGCCUUUCUGUAUGGAACACAAGACUUUGGAGCGACUACAGCUCUUCAUGGCACUCCCAUCUAUGUGAAUCUCCUGAACGACAUUAUGGACCACUCUCGACGGCAUCUGUCAUGGUUUGCUGUGCAUCUCCCAACACUGACUGCAUGGCUAUACACACGGGACGGUCUCAUGGGCCAGCUUGUUAAACCAUUGUUGCCGAUGCAAAAGCCUGCAACUUACAGCGGUAUACGGGCGCAUGCACUGUUGGCGAUGCAAAAGUAUCGGGGUGCUGAUGUCGAAACAAGGGCGAAAGCGCAAGAGUCCAUUAUUGCGCGGCUCUGGAAAAUGAAAGAUGAGGCCGGACUCAGUGAUCUCGAUAUCGCAAGUGAAUGCGCCGAUCAUUUGCUCGCAGGUAUUGACACCACGAGCGACACGUUGAUGUUUCUUGUUUGGGCGUUGUCACUUCCGAAGAAUUCCCAUAUCCAGCGCAAACUCAUCGAAGAGUGCAAAAGUAUUGACAGCGAUGGCGAAAACGACGACAUCGUCAGUUGCGCUGUUGCAGAUCGUCUGCCAUAUCUCGAUGCCGUGAUCAAGGAGACUCUCCGUCUGUACGCGCCACUCCCAGCUUCUGAACCUCGAUCAAGUCCUGUCGACACGGUCAUCGAUGGCUACAGAAUACCGCGGGGGACUGUUUGUUCGGCAGCCCCGUACUCGCUGCAUCGAAAUGCUGAGGUCUUUCCGGAGCCAUUGAGGUGGGACCCUGAACGCUGGCUAAAGGACGAUGGUGAUAUCGCACUUCUUGAGAUGAAGAAGUGGUGGUGGCCGUUUUCGAGUGGUGCGCGUAUGUGCAUCGGUUUGCAGUAA